UUCAAGCAUCUGUGAAAAAAACAGGAGUAUGGCAAGUAAAAAAAAUAACUUCUAAGAAAACUGGGCUUUAAGAGUAUCAUAAUAAUGCCUCAGGGCAACAUCACAUGAAAUUAUAAUAUAACUGCCAUGCACAUCAAACUGGUAGUAAACCUUAAAAUGCUUUUUUUCUAGUCAACUGGAAUAUGGGUUCAUGAAUGUUUGUUUUAGAAAGAUGGAAGGAAUAUUUUUUUUAAAAAAAAUCAAAAGGUGGUUGACAAACAUUUCAGGAGUGUCAAGAAAUCCUGAUGAAAAGAAUCAUGGAAUGACAAGAAUCUUUGCAGUUCAGAAAACAGUAUCUAUACUCAUAAAUAUUUUGUGCAGAAAAUGCUGCAAUUGGGUGUUUGUUCUACACAACAUUUGCACAGAAAACAGCAUCUGGACAGAAGGUGUUGUUUUCUGUUCAAAAAAGUGCAAACUUUGCACAAAAUAAUUCCUUGCCUUCAAAUAAGCAAGACGUUCUUGUAACAGGAAGAAAAUAGUGAAAAUUACUUGUUGAUUCCUUUCAGAACUGUUUUAGCAAAGAAUUACAUCCCAAGUGUUUUGCCUGUUUGCUGGGAACCAAAGACCAACUCACAUUAGUGUGCCUUCCCCUUGUCACCUUUCUCAUUCCCACAUAAAACAUUGAGCAGACCUUUUGUUUUAAGCAACCAAGAAACAAUACCUCAGGAGCCCAACAUCCUGUCUGAAUAAUUUAAACUCUGUACCAAGCCAGUCCCUUGAAGUCAUAUAAGGAGUCAAGAUCAUGGUCGGUUGCUUUGGAACUCUCAUCCUCCUCCUGCCACCCCCUCCCUCCAUUUCUUAUCUGGCUGAUUUGUAGUUAUGAACACUUCUUAAAUUCAGCAUGCCUAAAUCCUACUACAAUAGCUUUCUUGAAACUGGAGGGGAGCGGAAACCCUUGGACUUUCCAGGUUAAAACGACGACAACAACAACAACCAGUAAUUGAAAUUUGGAUCUACUUUUCUGUGCUUGAGUAAUCAUUUCCUCUCUGAUGCAAAGCUUGUUCAACAGGUUUUAUUUUAGUGUGUGUGUAUGUGUGUCCUUUCCUCCUAACUAGUUUGCGGGUUGAGAAGAGGGAUGUGUCUUCUCUGGGUUUUUCCCCUCCCUUCUCACUUGCUUCAUCCAACAGCACCACCAGUUCAAACUUGCUCAGGUUAGUUAGUGAGAAACCACAGCGAGAAGAAGAGGAGAGAGCAAGCUGUUUUCUAUUUGGAUUCUGAAGGUGCAAAGCAGUGUACUGUGUGAGGAGGCAGUGAAGGGGGGGACUGGAAAAGCUUGGAGUGAGUCUUGUUCAAACAUUGCUAGGAAUAGUGGGAGGGGGAAGAGUGGAGUUGGCAAGCUAGAUAGACCAGAGUGUGCCUUGCUUCCGAUGGUGCUAAUGACUGAUCUACAGCAGGAUGAGGAAGAACUGAAGCCUGUCAGGGUGACCAGUAGAAAAGAAAAACCUGCCUUAAUCCAUUCAGAGAGUGAGAAUGGAGCAGAAGAAAGGAAGAAAUCUGGAAAGCCAUCCCCUCAAUUGUCACAGAUACCAUCUAGUGAUGCAGAAUAUUUUGAACACCAGAGGAAAGUUUCAGUUUCAAGGUCAAAGACUAUUGUGGAUAAUACCUUCUUUGCAAUAGAUGGAAAAAAUGACUCAAAGCCUGAAAGAAAGAAGCAUGCUUCAAAUCAGUUUAAGGCAAAUGCUCACUUUCACAAACUGUUUCUGGAUGUUCCAAUUGAUGAACCUUUGAGACAAAAUUUCACCUGUGCCUUACAGAAAGAAAUCUUGUACCAAGGGAAGCUUUUCAUUUCGGAAAACUGGAUUUGCUUCCAUUCUAAGGUCUUUGGCAAAGACACUAAGAUUACUAUACCUGUGCUUUCUGUCACACUAAUAAAGAAAACUAAAACUGCCCUUUUAGUGCCAAAUGCUUUGGUUAUAACAACUCUCUCUGAUAGGUACAUAUUUGUCUCCUUUCUGUCCAGAGACACAGCUUAUAAACUAUUAAAAUCUGUUUGUCGGCAUUUAGAGGAUUUGAGUGUUGGCAACAGUCCCAAUCCUUCUUCUCCAGAAAACAGUUUCAGGAGUGAUCGCCCUACAACCUUACCUUUGGAUUUCAAUGAAGAUUUUUCUGAAUUGGAUGGCAUCAUCCACCAACGCAGGCAUGAGAUGGAAGAAUCCAGCAGCACUGGUUCUCAGACUCCAGAACUGGAACACUUUCAAGAUUAUCACAUAGUUGGCACCCAGGCUCAUCUGAAAGCAUCCAAGAUGGAGACAAAUCCUCUGCAUGCAGAUUUACAGUCUAAAUGUUUGUGUGAUGAUAAAGUCAGGAAUACUUCAAGAAACGUUUCACCUGGAGUCCUUGGAUUCUUCUACCGAUUGAAUUACCAAAGGUUCUUGUCUGUGAACCACAUACUUAUUCUCUAUGCAGUUCUUGUUUGCGUACUCAUUUUCUCCACAUUCUACAUGAGAUAUAAAAUCCACAUGCUAGAAGACCAACUUGGUUCCAUGGCUUCCUUCAGGGAUUCAUAUAUUAAACAUCCACUACAAGAAGGCUUGGCAUCUCAUCUGCACCUUAAUGCUGAUGGUUUCUGUGAAGAGCUAACAGCUAAUCUUAUCAAACUGGAAAAGAUACAGAACAAUUUACAAAGACUGCUUGAAGACAAUGAAUGAAUUGCCAGUUCUCUUUGGACUAUUUGUUAUCACUUCCUUUUUUUCUCCUGAGAAGCAACCCUAAAGUUGCCUUCAGAUUCUGUGCUCAAGGGUUUGUAUGUCCUUCAGCUCAAUCCAAAACUGAACUGCUCUGGAAGCUAGUCAUCAAUGUAUGCCGAGCCAGUGGAAGAUGCCUUUCUAUUUAAUCUAUAAUGCUGUGUGAAUAAUUGAGAAGACUGAUUGUAACACUUUGUUAUAUUGCUCAAAUCUAUAGUAAUUCUAUUUUCUUUAACUGUGUUAUAUUAAUUCUAUAACUGGCCAAACUGAGGGAGAAUCAUGGUCUUCACAGUGUAGUCAAUACAAUGUACUCUGGAAUCUCUUGAUAAUCUAGUCUGUAGAGACUAGUCUCAAAGGAUUAGGCUUAGAUUGCAAAACUGGUUUGGAUGUCCAUGCUAGUCUGGAAACUUUUGUGUCUUUCAUAUGUUUAGAAUUUGAAUGAACACUCCACUUUGUUCUAUUGUCUUUCCUACUAAAAAUCAGAUAUGUAUCCAACAUAUCAUGUAACCAGUUGAAGUCUAUGGCCAUUGUCCUGUGAGGUGUUCAGUGAACUCUGAGCCCUUUCAUGGUACACAAUUUUAACAGUAUGAUUCCACUUCAGCUGUCAUGGCUGUCUCCUAUGGAAUUUUACAGUUUGUAGUAUAAGGAGUUUCUGGAUGAGAAUUCCAAGUAUCCCUCUUGAAAAUGCUAUUACAUAGGAUGGAACCAUGACCACUAAAGUGUAAUCAUAGUGCUAUUAUUGGGGAGGUUGACAGGGUUCUUUGUUUCUUCAUAAUCAUGUUUCUUCUAGAUCAAAAUUGGUAUAUUCCAUAUAGAGCUUCCAAAUGGACUUGUUUCACUUACUAAAAGACAUAUAUCAAUAGAAGCCUUUCUUGAUAUAGAGGGUGUUUUUUGUGCUGGCGUCAGGAUUAAGCAUCAGUUGUUAUCGAUCAUGUCAGAAUAUUGUUAAAGAUAUAUGAUAAGAUAUAGCUUAAAAGUUGACAGGCCUAUUUUCCAUAGAGCUGGAGUCAGAUGAGGUACAGAAAUCCGUUUCCAAAAGACUAGCUGCAUUAGUGUGCUGCAUCAAAAGCAAUGCAAGCUGAGUCACUCAAGAUAAUAUAUUUAUGAUACUGUGAAGUCAGUGGGGCAAGUUAGUUUUGAAUAAUUUUCUAUGGUAAUUCAUGUGACCCAGAUAUAACCAAGUUAGUCUGAAUGUAGCCCAUACAUUUUACUAGAGAUGAAAUAUUAUCACAUGGCAUGAAGAUAUAAAAGUGAAGGGUAUAAAGGCAACCAAUUUAUUUAAUGGACUGCCUGACAUGUAACUACCAUCUUUUGAAAAUACAUUCCAUAUACUCCAGAAAGUGGCAGAACACAAUGAAAAAUAUAUCAUUGUUUUAAUGAAAUGAUUGUUAUCAUCUACAUAUGUUUUUCAUUAAAUUAAGUUUAUUAGAAGCUAUCAUUGAAGCUUAAACCCUUUACUCUGAUGUAAAAUCAAAACAAGUUGGGGGUUGUAGAUUGCCUCAGGGUAGACUAACUGAUAAGCUAGUAAAAUCUAAUAGAAGCCAGUUUGGUCCCAAAUGAUUUUUAAGCCCUUUUGCGUCUUGAUUUUAAUCACUUGCCUUUAUAGGGUUUGAGAGUUACAACGUGUCAGAUUUUCAGUGGGAUCUUUGUUAUAUUACAUACAUUCAGUCUGUUGGGCAAAUGGCAAAUUGGUGAGGACAGAAUGUCAAACGGGAAGAUGUAAUGAGCACCAAUGAUGUCUGAAUUAUAAACAAAAUGUCAUUUUUGCCACUACACUAUCCAUAACUCAUCUUCUGCUCUAUACUGUUCAGUGAACAGUAUAGAGUGCCUUACCAAUGAAAAACAUAGUGAUUUGAUUAUUUUUGUUUGCCGGAUGGGUUGGUUCACAUGAAUGUUAUUUAAAGUAUUGAUCUCUAAAACAGUGUUCUGUUUACACAGUAGAGAUAUGUUUUAUCAUUUCUAUGAAAUGUUAACUUAUUUGUUUCAGUAAUAAAUUAUUUUCAAAAGUA